AUGUGGAGCUUAGCCUGCUGGAGCCUUUCCACGAAGUCGAAGAAGCAAAGGGAAAGCGGCACAUUAUCAAACGAAAAGCGAGAAGGGCAAAGAAAGAAAAGGAAGGGGGAAAAAGAAAAAAGAAAAAGAAAACGCCCUGGCAGCGCUUCUCGAUUCUUGUCCGUGUUGGCGAAGGAGGGGGGGGCGGCACAUAAGUGUCCACUCAACGGAGCAGCCCCACUGUUUCUCGAAGCUAGUUUGAUCCAGCCCGCCGCGCCCACGCCGGAGAAGAAGAAGAAGAAUAAGAAGAAGAAGAAGGUUCCUUUGGAAAAGGAGAACGGUUGA